CGGACUCUCUCCCAGAAAUUGGUGCUUGGAGCCAUGUGUUGAAGAGUCUGAAGAAAGAAAAGUUCUACCAUGGCAUCCCUCGGCCCCGCCGUCUCGUCACUGCGGUCCUCGCUGUCUCUACUCGACUCGAGUAUCUCCAUUCUCGACGAAGGCGUGUCCGACUUUCCCCGCCUGUGCAAGGUCCUGCAGACGCAACAACAUUUCGAACUCCUGCCCGAGCCCACUCUGCGAGAGGCGCAACAGUCGCUGGUCGACGAGAUCGUGCCUGCCAUACACCAAUUGCUGUCGACGGUGGACAACUACGUGAAUCAAUUGGGUAGGAAGGAAGAAAGCCUGAAGGCGCGGUCGGAGUUGCUCGAAGGACGAUUGAACAACAACAAUAACAACAGACGAAGCUCGAGCUUCGGCGGUGCCAUCGACCAGCCAAUCCGCAACGACAGGUCGUCGUCCCGUACCCCCGGUCUCAGCGACACCAAGAUGCUAGAGAUGAAACGUAUGCAGCAGAAGAAAGAGCGGCUACAAUAUGCCAUUGAGAGACUGGAACUGCAGAGCAAGCAACGCGAGCGAGAACUCAGAAAGAGCAUGGCAAUUGUCCAAGAUUGAAAAAAAGACAUCAUCUCGCAAUGCAUGAUACUGCAUUCGACCACGCCAGCCAUGUCUUUUAAAGCCCGUUUGAAAAUACCCUGAACAAUCGACCGGCCCGCCGACCAGGUCUACAAGUCAUGACACCCGCACUACAACAGCAUAUCGAACGCGAUUGAUCUCACACAUCACCGCUGGAAGCCAGAUACAGCGAGUCACACCAGAGAAAUGAUCAUAAGUUUAAACUUGUUUUCAUUGCUAUCACAGUUUCAUGGGUUUUGAAAAUCCAAAAAGCAAAAGUCGUGAUCUGUAUGCUCGGAAGCAUGCUGGAUGCCCAGGAGGAAAUGGCCCGACCCAACAGAGCGUGCCAUUGAGCGGACUAGCAGUUGGAGAAACGGUACAAUCUAAAGGGGUAUUUCUCAGGCAAGCAAUUGCAAGGGAAUGUUCGCUUUGUACUGAAAGAAAGGGGAGGGUCAUCUAUGUCAGCGCUUGAUGGAUACCUUCUGACAUGGGUUGAAUUGGGAGCGAGGAGGGCACGAGUCUUUUAGACAUCCUCUUUGAAGAUCAGGAUGUCCGAGAUGACCGUCGACGCUACGACGGCCGCUUCCGUGCGGAUAGGCCGGCAAUCGCAGCGCCGAGUAUAGAACUGGGGGCUGCUGGCGAUAUGGCCAAUGUCAAUUUGGAAGCCUCUGACGCAGCGUUGGAUGAGGUGGGAGUUUGCUGGUGCAUUUCCUCCUAGGAAGGCUUCAACUCUUUCUUCUCCUGCGUUACAGUGUUGUAUUCGUACACGUGGCUGACGUCAAUAUUGUGCAUCUCAGGGAGAAAUUUGCAUGCUGGGUUAUUGCAGGCACUUCCCCUCGGACACAUGUGGCCCAAGCAACAGGCCGGAUCCGCACAGAAGGGGUUGAAGCAAUUCGAGGUCCUGGCUUUGUAUCGCAUUGUGUCGAGUUGGGUUUGGGUCAACUGUUGGGAGUGGUCCCAUGCACAGGUAUUCCCGAAGAGACAGUGGCCACGCAAAUAAAAGUUGUUGCACAGCCUCGAAUUCUUGUCGUAAAGAAGCUUGAGGUAUUCCUUAUCGUAGGUCAAUGGUGUAUCAAGACGCUGGCCAUAUUGAUUCUGGUAUAUGACCGGCGAGGGAAUAGGCACUGUCGGAGGAUGUGAAGGCUUUUUGUCUGCUGGCGUCAGAGCUGCACCUGUCGUCGGUCGGCCAGAGAUGUAGCUUGCAGGGGCAGGUCUCUUGACUCCCGCAACAAUUUGGUUACCAUUGAUCACUUGAAUCUUUGUCGUCCUGAAGACGGUCGUCAACGCCACUCGAUUGAACCCUUGCGCUACUUUUCGGAGAUCAGAAGCGAACGGCGGCCCUUCAAUCAGGGUUACGCGAUCAUUGAUGCCCCCAGGAAGCGCAUACGGGCCGAGAAAGCCUGCGUAGCUGUUGUCUGCAGAUCCUCCAAAUACAAUAUGC